UCCUCCGGCUCCGCAUUACAGUUAGUCUUGCCUCCGUCGCAUCGCAAUACACUUUUCAAAAUUUCUUCCAGACAGACAUCGAAACUUGGAAGGGCUCGCGACUGUGACUGCUUGCAGCAGGUGAGUUAUAUUUAACGUUACACUCGAGGCAUAUUUAAAAAAUCAGAACACGGAAUUCCGCCGGGUUACAAGGAAAUGCAAAAUUCAUCAGGUAUCUUUCAAUAUUUUCAUUUGAAUGUUUCUAUUUAUUUGCGUUUGAUAAGAGAAUGGUAUGUAGUUAAUAAAUGCAUUUGGUGUAGGUUACGGGUUCUCUGGACAGAUGUGCUCAUUAAUUGAAUGAACCAAGAGUUUGGAGAUGUUGCAUCUUUAUAAUGAUCUACCUGCACACAUAUUGUUCUUUAUUCGGUGUAACCUCUGAUUUGCAGCGCUCCGCUCUCCCGAUGGCAACCAUGAGGCUCUGCUCCAUUCUAAGUUUAAUCAGGUUAUUGUGCGCUGUGCAGGGAACAAGUGCAUCUAUUUUGGUAAACGCCAGCGACAUGCUCCUUUCAUCAAACUUCAGCAGUACAGAAUUGCCUUGGAGAAAAUAUCCGGCACCCGAGAACGUCCCUAAAACCAGACGGAGGCGAUACAUCUCACAGAAUGACAUCUCGGCUAUUCUCGAUUACCACAAUAAAGUUCGAGGUCGUGUCACCCCACCUGCUGCAAACAUGGAAUACAUGGUCUGGGAUGAAAAUCUGGCAAAGUUUGCAGAGUCUUGGGCUGCCACGUGUAUAUGGGACCACGGACCAAAAUAUUUACUGAGAUUUCUUGGGCAAAAUCUCUCAGUUCGCUCUGGACGCUAUCGGAAUAUUCUACAACUAGUGAAACCUUGGUAUGAUGAAGUGAAAGAUUACCGUUUUCCAUAUCCUCAAGAAUGUAAUCCCAGAUGUCCCAUGAGAUGUUAUGGACCAGUGUGCACUCACUACACUCAGAUGGUUUGGGCAACAUCCAACAAAAUAGGAUGUGCAAUCCAUACCUGCAACCACAUGAAUGUCUGGGGAGCUAGAUGGCGGAAUGCUGUUUACCUUGUGUGCAACUAUUCUCCAAAGGGAAACUGGAUUGGAGAAGCACCGUAUAAAGUUGGAAGGCCCUGCUCAGCUUGUCCACCCAGUUAUGGUGGAGUCUGCAACAACAAUCAGUGCUUCCCGCGAGUAACCUCAAACUACUUAUACUGGUUCAAGUGAUCUGUCCAGAUUCCAGAAAAAAUUAGCAAUGCCAAUAUUAGGAUUCCUCAACAGAGUUCCUAAUUAGCUGAAGAGACUUCACAGAACACAUUAUAUACCCAUUAUUAUCACUGAAAACUUUGCCUUAAAUUUAUCAUCUUCCAGAGACAUUUACUAUUAUCAUUUUACUGCUUUUAACUUCCAUCGAGUUAGCUCGUAGAAAUGCAAUAUGUAUUAUAUCAACUCAAGGCACUGUAUUUAUGAAGAACAACAACAGCAUAAUACUUCAGAAUAUUGCUAUGUUUUUAUUUACCAGGUGGGAAUAGAAAGCAGUUCUCAGAAAGUUUUGUGAAUGGAUGUGAUAUAAUGUUAACAACUUGUAAAAUCAGUUUAUUAUUUAAACAUAAUGGUUAUGUAUAGGUUUGCACCUGGGUUGAUGUUAAAACUGGAGGAUCAGUUAGAUGAACUAUAGAACUUGCUUGCAGAUAGCAUUAAUUAAAGCAAAUACUAAUAACUUAAUAAGCUAUGGUCUGGAUAGCUGAGGCAGUAUAGCUUCUCAUGGUGCUAAACAUUUUAUUUAAAAUCCCUGCUAACCCACAUCAGGCAUAACUUCAAAGAACUUAGCUAAGAUAUUAAAUAUGGAAGAUAAAUAGGACAAUCUUAAGGGUGCUAAUGAUCACAAUAAUCAGAUUUGUGAUCACGUGUAUUUUCCCAUCACAAUGGGAAUUUAGCCCCAGGCAGCUCAGACACAAACACAUCUGUAUUUUCAGGUAGCACAUGAGCAGGCUCUUGUGCCAAAAACAAGUUACAUUUCUGCAACAUUUACAGAGGAUUGCACUCACGAUCCAACACUGCCUCUGAUUACUUAUCUACCCUUCUUCUUCCUCCCAUAUCCUUAUCUUCAUUAGAUUCUCAGCAUUUCAUUUCAUUUCAUAAAUAUUUUGGCCCUUUGGUUUGAUGGCAUUAUCCCCUAACCUUAAUAACAAAUUAUUUCUCUUGUGUUUUUAACAUGAUAAAACGUCUUAUGGCAUGACAAAAGUCACUACUCAAUGCCACAUACUAACACAAUUAGUACCACAGACAACAAUUGAUUCAUGCCUUUUGCUCCAAGGGGAGAUAUCAUCAGAACUUUCAGAAAAUUCAGUUUCUGUGGCAUGCAAUGUAUUUUUACAACAAAAGCUAUGGGGCAUUUUUUAGAGGAAAAGUCAGAAAUACUGGAUUAAUAUAAAAGCAGGAGUGCUGGAAAUACUCAACAGGUCCGACAGCACAUUUGAAGGAUGAAGCACAGUCAAUGUUGGAGAUCAAUUUGUUCCAUCUUCUGGUUUAUUUCCUACUUUUCACACCUGCCGUAUUUUGUUUUUGUUAUAUUAGAAUGGUAGCUUAAUUGUCUCACUAUCUGCUUAUUAUUCUUUGCUACUUGCAUUAACUUUGAUAACUCUCAUUCAUAAUUAAUAUAAAAUAGAGGAGAAAUGGAGCAGUUUUCAGGAAAUGUAACGUACUUUUGAAUUGUUCAGUUAUCAGGGGCAUUACAAAUGGUGCACAAUAAAUCACAAAUGGUGACCUCUUUACCAGGUAAAGCCUGAAUACUUAAUCAUUUAGGCAGUUUAACGCUGAUUACAGUUAUGUGCCUGAACUUCAUCCUUGGUUGCUUUGUUUCCUUUUUCAUUUAAUUUGUUCGAUAUCAGCACAAAUAGCUGAAACAUUGUGAAAUAUUAAGUGCAAUUAGUGCAAUGCAAGCUUUUACGAUUUUUUACACAGAUUUAGAGCUGCAGCCACUUAUUGCAGAGAAUUUGAAAUUAAAUGGACACUUGCCUUGCCUGAUCAAAUUCUCCAUUGUGAGUUUUUCUGAAUUCAUUUAUUUGCUUUAAUCCAAGGAGUUUCUUAACAUUCAGUCUUCAAGUACAAGUAAACGAUAAAACAUUAAAAAAAAAAGACUUUUAGUUUAUGAAGGAACUGAUUACUGUAUUCUAAUACAACUAGCAAUGGUUCUGAAAAGCUUUUCAGUCAUUUUCGGCUAUUUAACAUUAGGUUAAGCUCACGUAGUAGACUAGAGAUUGAUUAAAAUGCCAACAAAUAAUGCCAAUGAGCACCCUUUUAGCUCCAUUUGUCAAACCAUACCAAAUUCCUCCUUCAAAUAUUUCAAGGAAUAUAUUUGAAAAUUACAUUUUAGAAACAAAUCUCGCUUGGAUUUUCCAUUGGGGAUGUUUGACCUGAAGAAAAAGCUGGCCUCAAAGAAACGAACCCAGAAAGUUAAAUAGGUCAGGUGAGGUGCUUGUGCCAUCAUUGAAAAUUCUUAUCCAUUAUUCUGCUCAAUCAUAUUGGCUCAGGGCAGAGAUUUCCAUUUGGUGAUAUACAAAUUAAUUUCAAUGGAAAUUCCAAAGGAAAAACUUAUAUCAAAAUUGCACAAUUGAGUUGUGAAAUAAGGAACUUGGUUGCAGAAAGCAUUAAUUAAAGCAAAUGUUAAUAAUUUAAUAACUGGCGCACUAUAGCUCUUAAUUGAUGAAGACAUUUUAUAUCACUGAAAAAAUAUUAAACGCCUAUAUAUUUUCUAUAUAUUUUUAUGGAAUAUUAAUGCUUGAAAGAUUUUUUUAAUAUGAGCUGCUUUGGAUGAUCUGUUGUAAAAAAAGUCAGGAUGGUCAUGGAAGCAGCUGCCAUGAAUCUGUCAGUAAAUCUCAUGUUUGUGGUUGUAAUUGAAAACAUGGAAGGAAAGGUUUGGUUGCACCCCGCACCCAAGAGCGGAAUUCGCUAUCAAAACAUGGGGGAGACGUGUCCCCUCUGGCCCCUCGCCCUCCUCCAGAGCUGUUAAGCAGAAUAUCAUGCCUGAAACACACUGUAAUAGCUAGGUGUUUGCUGCAUAGGAGGAGGGAUUGCUUUUCUCAACAAUUAAGAAAAUUAGUUUAAUUUAGUUUUGUUUAGAGACACAGAAUGGAAACAAACCCUUUGGCCCACCGAGUCCACGCCAACCAAUGAUCCUCGUACACUAACACUAUCCAACACUAGGGAUAACUUACGAUUUUUACCAAAGCCAAUUAACCUACAAACCUCCACAUCUUUGGAGUGUGGGUGGAAAACACAGCACCCGGAGAAAACUCACACGAUCACGGGGAGUACAUAAUAACCCCGUACAGCCAGUACCAGUAGUCAGGAUUGAACCCGGGUCUCUUGUACUGUAAGGCAGCAACUCUACCACUGCAUUGCCCCAAGUGUGGUCUAUUUUUUAAAGAACUGUUCAAGGUGGGCUUCUCACUGUGUUAGGGCUGCUCUGCUAGAUGAAGGCCACACUGCUUUGCUCUCAAGUAUUCACAACCCAAGCGUAGCGAUGUGUAGCGUGAUGCAUACCAGUUAUCAUCAAUGCUGCGCAACCAGUGAUGCUGUGCGCAGUAAAGUCUCUCACAUUGGAAGCAAUCUGAAGUCAGAUCAUGUACUGUGGGCACCAGUAAUUGCUGUCCACUUUUUGCAAUUGAUCCUAUAAUAUAUUUUAAUCUCAUAGUGACCAAAACAUGGUGAAUUUCAUGGCCUGUGCCUUCAGGGCAGGAGAGAAAGUUACCUGUGAAAACCGAUUAUCAGGUAAUUUAAUAAAAAUCCCUUUUAACUGUAUAGAAAUAUAUGAAUUGGUCUUGCUUGAAACUGCACAGGAGGCUUCGCCACUGCACUUGACUUACAGAGAGAUUAAAAAAUGCACAAAUUCUAAAUUUCUCAAAACCAAGCUCUUGUGGAAGUAAUAUAUUAAAAGAUGCUUUAAAUUUUAUUACAAUUUAUAAAUCUCUGAAUACUUCAUCUUCUCCUGCAGUGUUUUACCUGGGGAUGGGAUAGGGAGCAAAGACUAUUGGAUGCAGUUAAAAGUCUCAUUGAAGCUAGGAAGAGAAGGUUGGCCAUUCUUCUGCAGAAUCCUGUACUGUUUUGUUGAUCAAAGGCAGACCACGACAGAAGCAUUCAGAUGCAAAGCCG